AUGGCGCUUUGCCGCCGGCUCUCCGGGGACCGAGAAGGGCAGCUUUACUUUACAGCCCGCUGCGAGCCCCGGCACUUGCUGUGCCGUUCCGUUCCCAUUGGUCGUGCGGCCGACAGGGAGCGACGGGAGGCGGAGGGGGAGCUACCAGCAGCAGGCAGGCACCGAGCGAGCGCAUACACACACGCGCGGCAGGCAGAGGCUGCGAGGCGGCGGGAGGAGCGAGGCGGGCACGAUCCAGGCGUAGGGGAGGCAGCCAGCCAGCCGAGGGGAGCCGCCGCACCGGCCUCGCAGCAGCAGCGACUACUUCUUUCUUAUCUCCCAGCCUUUUGUUCGCCCAUCCUCCUCCUCCUCCUCUUCCCUGCCCACUCUCUGCACCGCGGAGGGGGCUCGGCAGAGAGAGAAAAGCAGCCUGACCCAGAGCUGAGUUUCACCCAUCCUCCGCCCCCCCUCUUUCUCCUCUCCUCGUCUCUUCUCUUCCCCCGCUGCAUCGCUGCCCAUGAGCUAGAGCGGCAGCCGGCAGCCAGCGCCGCGGCAGCCGGCUCCGGCAGGCGGGGGCAGUCGCCGUCGCAGCCCCCAGUAGCUGCCGCUGCUCCCCUCGCUGCUUCCUCGCCCCACUUCGCGGGCUCCAGCCGCGCUUCGGGACUGCCGGGGGACGCCCUGCCGCCGCCCCUCCUCGCCUCCAUGUGCCGGGUAGCGGGAGCGCCGCCGCGGAUCCUGCCGCCGCUAGCGCUGAUGCUGCUGGCGGCCCUGCAGCAGGCACCGAUAAAAGCAACCUGUGAAGAUACAUCCUGCAAGACUGGAUUUCCUGAAGAUGUUCACAGUGCAGUGGUGUCGAGAAGUGUGCAUGGAGGACAGCCUCUCUUCAAUGCCCCAUCCAAGCAUAGCGGUGAAUUGUGCUGGUGGUUCUUAGCUGGGUUGCAGAUGCUGGCGAGCAAUCCCAUUAACCCUGCAUCCCGGCUGCCGAUAAUCCCGGAGAACCAGGGCACCGGUGCUGCCCGCAGCUGCCAUCCCUGCCUGCUGCUGGGCACUGAUGCUCCGGGCAGAAGAGCAGCACAGUGUGGCACAUGUUUUGUCAACUAG